CAAAUAAUAACUCUAUCAAAAAAUCUAAAUGUUCACAACAUAAACGUUAAAACAAUUUUUUAUUCAAUGGCAGACGAAAAUACAAAAAAUACGAGUCAUGCACUCGUAUAUAUUGCCAAACCUCAUAGAUAUCCGUAACAAUUAGAGAAGUAGACAUCCUUUUUGAGACAACAAGGCAAAAACAAACAGUUACAAAAAUAGUUAUAUUUUAGGGGUUUCAGCACCCCUAACACAUUUAUUGAUGAGUAACUAUGAAAUUUAAAAAUUUCUUUUUAUUUUAUUUUAUUUAAAUAUUCAAAAACUAAUUUUUCAGAGUACUGUUCAUUUGAACAUCUGUCUCUUUACAAUAUAGCUGUACGAUAAAGUAAUAGCAUUUUUUCAAUAAAAUAUAUUUAAACAUGAUAUUUACAUAUAGUAUACAUUAAAUAUUUUUAAUUUGUACUUCCAUUAAAUUAAUAUUGACCACAAAUAACUAAAAAACUAUUAUAUUUUUAAGAUUACGAUCUGUACACGGACAAAAAUUUAAAAAUGCUUGAAAAAAGUGUGAUAAAGGAUAUGUUUCCUGAGAAAACAGGCAAAUCAUUUUUGCAAAGAUCAAUUGUUAUAAGUGCAAUUCGUGACUUUAAAAAUAAAGAUGUACAAAGAGCUUAUUCAAUACCCAUUGGAUUGAACUUGGAAGUACAUCAAACCAAGAAAACAAAGGAAAAUUUUGAUUCAAGAGAUUCUGAACCGACAGAAAAAGAAUCUUCAUCUUGCAAGCAAUCAACUGGAGAAAAUAAAGAUGUACAAAGUGCUUCUAAUUCAAGACCAAUUGGAUUGAACUUGGAAGUUCAUCAUACCAAAAGAAGGAAGGAGAAUUUUGAUUCGAAAGAUUCUGAACUGAUAGAAAAAGAAUCUACAUCUUGCAAGCAAUUAACUGGAGAAGUAAAAAAAAGAAGAAUCAUAAAAAGACUAUGCAAAUUUUGCAAAAAAAGUUAUUGUAAUUUAAAAAGACAUAUUAAUGACAAACAUAACAAACAAGGGAACUUAGAUAAAGAAGAUAUGAAAAUUAUUCGCAGAGAAGGUAUUAUGGAAGCAAAUAGAGAGGAAGCAAAGAAAGAUUUGCCAAAUUACCAAGUUGAAAGAAGAUCAAAAACCCAUGAAGAAAUUCAAAAAGAAAUUGAUGGUUUUGUUACUUGUUCAAACUGUUUUGUUACUAUAAGAAGAAAAAACUUUUCCAGCCACAAGUCAAAAUGUAAAAAAACAACAAUUAAUAUAGUUUCAAAAGUGGCAAUACCAGAAAAUAUUAAAGCACAAACUUAUUUUGAAGAUGAUCCACUUUAUUUAAGCCAUGUUAUGGACAAAUUUAGAAGUGAUAAAAUUGGAAAUAUAUGCCUCAAUGAUGAAGCAAUAUUAUAUAUUGGACAAUGUUUUUUUUCUUCAUUAAAAGCAAAACCAAAUAAACUUGCAGAAGUCUCUUCCCAAGUCAGAAAAGAUAUGAGAUGCCUUGCUCACCUCUAUUUGAUAUUUAAAAAUAAUAAUGGAACUAUUAUUAUACAUAAUAAUAUAACAGAUAUGUUUGAAAGACAAAACUUUUUAAUAUUAAAAAAAACAAUCAAAGAAUACACAACCGAUGAAGAAAAUAAAAUUAAACCAGGGUUAAAAAAAACCCUGUUUUACUUGAUAAGAAAAAGUUCAGAGAACAUAAAGUGUUUUUUCUAUUACAAAGGAAUGGACGAGAAAGCCAAAGAUAUUGAAAUUUUUAUAAGUUUAUUUGUAGACUCUAAAAAAACAAUUUUUGGAGAUGCAGACUAUAACCUUAAAUACAAUCGUGAAUUUAACUCGCUAAAUCCAAAUAAUUUGCCCGAUGAAAUCGAUAUUGAUGAUAUCGGUAAAUACUGCAUAAAAAACAUGAAACAUCUAUUGGAAAAUAAAAAUUUUGAUUUUGAAGACCAACAUUUAUUUGUGGAAUUAAGAAAUUUAAUAUGUGCUAGAUUGACAAUAUUUAAUGGAAGGAGAGGAGGCGAAGUACCAGGAGUCUCCAACAUGCUAUCAACUGGAAAAUUUCUAGAUAAUUUAGAUAAAAGUAUGAGCAACGUAAAAGAUCAACUACCUUCUGUUAACAAGUGCCUAGCCCCAAACGAAAAAAUCAUUAAAAUUUCAAAAAAAAAGAUGAAAUUGAGUACAAUACAGAGGAAUAUGGAGAACAAGAUGAUGAAAUCAAAUUCAUUACAGAGGAAGAUGGAGAACAAGAUGAUGAAAUUAUGUACAAAACAGAUAAAGAGCAGGAUGAUGAAAAUGAGUACAAUAAAAGUAAUUAUGAAGAAACUCUAUCAAAAGAAAAAUUAG